AUGCAAAAGAUCAUAAUAUCAAUUCAUGGAUACAAAUUUCGAAUUAAAUUCGAUCUAGAUUUUGGUAACGAUGAUCUUCUUCUGUACAUCUCUCAGAGGUCUAGUCAGCUCAAACGUCUUCAACUUGUAAAUUGCUAUGGCAUAUCAUACGAUUGUUUGAUCGAAGCAAUUAAAAACUUGCCUCUUUUGGAGGAGCUGCAUCUAUAUUACAUCUAUAUCAUUCCGGAAACUAUUGCAAGUAUCGGCCGCAGUUGCCCACUAUUGAAGUCGUUUACAUUGAACAGCCACCGGUCCAAGCACGUAGUGUGUGAUCUCGAGGCGCUAGCAAUUGCAGAAAACAUGCCUGGACUAGUCCACCUUCAACUUUUCGGAAAUACAAUGACCAAUGAGGGCUUAAAUGCCAUUCUCGAAGGUUGUCCAAAUCUCGAAUCACUUGAUCUGAGACGAUGUUUCAAUGUCCUUUUAUGUGGGGACUUGGGAAAAUUAUGUUCCGAGAGGAUUAAAGAUCUUAAGCUUCCUCAUGACUCGAUCGAUGAUUAUAAAUUCCGUGACACUGAAAUUAUCAGUGAUGAAGCAUCCGAUGAUGAUUAUGUUUCUGGGUUUUCUGACAUGGAUAUGGUGUCUGAUUACGAAGAUUAUUUGUCUCGGGAGGUGAGUAUGAUUCUGAAGACGGGCUUUGGUAUUAAUUAACGACGUUAAAUGAAGGGGGAAUUGGUAAUGAUGGUAUCAUCUUCUGUAAUCUCUUAGUUCUUUCUGGUUGCUGAUGACUUGGGCUUAUUUGUCAUCUAAUAAUGGAACUCGUUGUGCUUUUGUUAUGUAAAAUUUGGUCUACUGUUGUGUAAAAUUUGUUAUUUUGCGAAAAUAUAUCAACAAAAUGAGUU